UUUUGCUUCAUUCAGCUCCUUUAAAGAAAAACGAACCGAAAAAAAAAUAGAUGGAAAAUGUUAAAUAAUUUUUCCAUUCGGUGUAACCACGAAACGUGAUAGACUCGCCACCAAUAAAAACACAAAGAGUUUUUUUCUUUCAUUUUCUUUUUUUCCUUCGUUUGUAUAUUAUGUCAACUCCAUUAAAAAAUAAGACAAAGGAUGCAACACCACGCCUUGUGUUGAGAACUUACAAAGCAAGCGAUCAUGAACAAAUUGACCAUUUAUUUUAUAGUACAUACUUUGCACUAGUACCCGAAGGUGUCAAACGUAAACUUAUGUCACCCGUCUUUUGGGUGCUUUGGAUAGCAUUUUAUUCAUACUUACUGGGUAUUGUGCCUGUUUUGCUAAGCGGGAUGGGUCUUCCUUCCUGGGUUGCUACUGCUCUCAAGAUUUUCUUAACGUUUGCUUGGCUUGCUGUCUCUUUUGCUGGUGUGUUUGUCGUGACAGAUAGAUUUGAAGUAGUUGACAAAGUAGAAUAUGUUCGCCAAAACGACUUGAGUGAUCCCGAAGUAUAUUAUUUGAAUUGGACAAAAGAAGAAGUUCAAGUUGAGGACAAUGAUGUCUCUACAAAGGGAAAGAAGCGUGUCACAUUUGACAAAGAUGCUAAACCAGCAACCGAAACCAUUCGAAAGCAAAAACCAGCACAUGAACAAGCACCUUCUCAUUUUUGGAUACUCACUUUGGAUGGUCGUCCCUGCGGCAUGGUUGGUUUGGCUCAUUAUACACAGCAACUCUUGUCAAAUCGACCUGUGCAGCCUCCUGCUUGGAAAUUGUUAUUAGCGGCUGCUUGCAAUCGAUACCAUAUUCCUUUACCUGCCUAUUUACAAAACUUGCAUGAAAAGGUAUCUGCUAUUGUUUUUGCUGAACCUCAUGAAGCAAAUGUUGCUACAUUACAACGAUUGGCUGUGAAGACGGAAUAUCAAGGUUGUGGAUUGGCUACUUUGCUGGUUGAUAGAGCCAUGUCUUGGGCACAUGAAAAAGGACUGGAAAGAGUAGAAGCAGUGACGAAUGAAUUAGAGGGUCAUGCUGAGCAUAUCUUGAGUGCUCAACACGGUUUCAAGUUGAUCAAGAAGCAAAAGAAGGGAUGGUUUGGACAAUAUGAAAAGAGAUGGUCUUGCGAUGUAAAGGAAUGGAUGGCAGCUCAUCAAGAAGCUGCUAAAAUUUAUAAAAAGGAACAGGAAACACAGAAAUAGAUUAGAGAUUUUGUAUAUACAUAUAUAUAUAUAUAUA